AUGGAGGCUUUUUUUGAUUUUAGUUAUUUCGAAGAUCUAAGAAAGAUUUGCUCACAGGAUACUUACAGAGAAAAAUUGAGGCUCUUUCUUUUUAAUCCAUAUAUGGAAAUGAAGGAGCACCAAGAAACUGUGGAUCUCUUCAUUGAAUAUGCCGAAUUGUCUCAAGAAUAUGGAAUCACUUUUGAGCAUAUGAUCAAUCAUAACAUUGGUAUUAAGGAGCCUUAAUUCUACCAUUACUUUUUCAAUAAACUCAAAGACACAAAUUACAGAAAAGCUCUUUAAUGUAUUCAAAUGGCUAAGCAAUUCUGCUACUCGAAUUUCGAGUAAAUAGAUAGCAUGAACAAAGAAUUGGAAAACAUCCUACUCUUCCAAUUUGAAUCCUAUUACUAUUCGCAAAACUACUCCAAAAAACAAAUAGAAGAGAAACUCAAACAAUUUGAACUCAAGUUUUACUAAUCCAAAAAUAAGAGAAUCUAAAUCCACAUCGAUGAACAAUUCAGAAAAUUGGAUCUCAAAGCUAUCAUCCAUGAAAUUGAGUCAUUCAAAGAAAAUAAGUGCAAUUCCAAUGCAUCCACUCAAAUCCCCAUCUCUCAAUCCUACCAUCAUCUGAACCCUGAAGAAUCAGAUUUCAAUUGCCAACUAGAAUCCAAGGAAUUCAAACUACUCAAACCCAAAUUCCAAAACAAUCGCAGCAACCUUCAAAUCAUCACCCAAUCCCCUAAUUUCUCCAAUGACAUUGCUCUUUCAGAAGAAAUCAAUAAACUCACCCCAAUCAGUUCCUCUUCCACAUCCAGCAGGUACAUCUUUAAAAUCAACAACAAUUAUAACAUCAAAUCCACCCAAUAACAAAAAUUAAUCAUACCCAUACCCAUCAUCAAUCAAUAGAUCAGUCCCUUAAAAUCAUUCAGUCGAAUGAAGUACAAAAGCAUCUAGAAGCUCAGACAAUUAAUUUUUGAAGACAAUGCGCAAAGCUCUGUCAAGGAACCCUUAAAAUUUGAAUCACCUUAAUGA